AUGGAUUAAAUUCAAUUCAAAACACUUGAUGAAUUCAUAAGACUUUUUCACCAAAAGGGUAAUUAUUUAUAGAUUUCUAGUGUCUACAUUUACGGCAUCUGAAAUGUUAAUUUAAUUAUAAUAUUUAGCCUAAAUGCUAUGUGAAAAAUCAAUAUAGACUUAGGCUAAAAAUGAUAAUUUUUUUAAGAGAUGGAGUGAAAUAAAAUUGCCUAUUAGUUUACUUACAAUAGAUUUCAUAUCAUAAUUGUUUGUUAUUUAUACCAAAGUUAAUGAAAGUUUAAAAGAAGAUGUAUUGAUUGAAAUUAAGAGUAGAUUUUAUUAUACUUUAUUUGGCCUCUAAUAAUCUAUGAAUUUGAAGAUAAAAAAGUAGUAGUUGAAUAUUUUAACAUUUUGAAAACAAUAUACAAUAAAAAGUACAGAGAUUUACUAAAAAGUUUUGAAAUGUUGGAAAUAGUGAAAUUCAUGGUAAUAUUGUCGACAAUAAUCGCAGCUAAAAACAACCGAAAUAGAUGAAAUGAUUUGUUGUGAAUAGCACAACAAUAAAGAGUAGCCAUAAUAAAUCAUAAGUCGAGAAACUUAAAUAAAAAUUGAUCAAUUUGGAUUGCUUAUUAAUGAAAUACUCGAUCAAAUAGUUAAUGAUAUAUCAUAAGCAACAGGCAGUAAUCUAAAUGAGUUAGAAUAAUUAUUUGGUUAAUCAAUUCAGCAAAUAUUUUCAUAUUGUACAAAGGAUCACAAUUUCUGUUAAGUUUAAACAUUAUUAAUUGUUCUAAUAGUAAGUAAAUUUAUUUAGUAUUAGAAUUAAUUGUCAAAAGUUAAGGUAGAAGUUAUUAAGAAAUUAUUUAAAGAUUUUGAAGCGAUAAGUUUUAUUGUUCUAUUAUAUAAUUGUACAACUUCUUAAGCUCUCCAAAUCUAUUGUAUAAAAUUAUUCUAAAUCAUUUCUGUAUAAAAUUCAUAGGUAUUCCUUAAUUCUUUAAAUAGGUGUUAUAAAAAUUAAUUUUAAGUAUCAUACCAUCAUCUGAUAACAUAAGGUUUGUUUAAAAUUUGAAUUCUGAAUCACUUAUUUGUUCAGUAUUGGAAUGGCUUUUAGAUAUUCCGGUUUCCUUAAAAAUAACUGAAUAUCAAAUGUUUGAUGAAAAAUUAACAUUUAAAAAUACUGAUGUCAUGGAAUUAGUACUUAAUUAUUUAUUCAUUUGUCCUAUAGUAAUGAAGCAAUAAUUAAUUACUACAAUAUAUACACUAAUAAGAAACAAUAAACAAAAUUAAUUAUUUUUGUUAGACAAUAAACAUUUUCUAAAUACUUUUCCAAAGUUUUUGAUGGAUCUUUAAAAUAAAGAUCCACUUGAUGUUGAUGAUAUUCAAAUUUCACUUUAAAAAUCAGUAUCAAUUGUUCUUAAUGUAAGAUAUUAGAUACAAGUUUAAAAUUGAUAACAACAGUGUUUAUGAACUAACUUCAAAAUGGCAAGAUAGAUAUGUUGUUCUAGUGGUUGAAAUUGGCUGAAUUGGAAGAAAAAAAAAAAAGAAAUGAAGGUUUAAAAGAUGUUAGAACUCCAAGUUAUUUAAUUAGGUAAUUGAUUAGCUAUGUUUUUAAUAAUCUUUUGAAAAGUUCGAUAUAAAAUGCAUAAGAAUUGUCAAAUGAUAAUUUAUGGAAAGGAUUUAAUUUAUUUUUAGCAUGUUUUUUGGGUAUAAUUUCUAAAGAGUUAAUUUAAUAAGAUUAAUUGACAUCUAAAUUAGUAGGAUAAAAAGUAAUAUAAAGUCCAUAAUUAUUAAUGAUUAUAUGUAUAUAUAUAUUAAUGAAUGUAGAGUUGUUUGAAAAUGAAUAAUGGAUUGAUUACUAAUUUUGUAGUAAGAUUAUAUAGAUUGUUAAUUUUUUAUACAGUUAGACAAUAAAUAUGAAUUUGGAUAUUAUUAAGCCAAGCAUAAAUUUUAAGAGUGGUGAAUUUGCGAUUUGGUUAAGCCAGCUUUUCAAAAAGAUUUUGAGUAAUGAGAAAGAUAAUAUAUUUGUUAUGAGAAUAAUUUAGACUUUAAUAUGUUAUUAUUAGCAUUAUAUAGUUGCAUAAAACUUUGGAUAAUAAUAAUUAGAAGAGAUUCAAUAAUUAUUAAAAGCUUAUAGACUUUUAAUGUAAAGUCUUGUUUGUGGAGGUUAACAAUUUAAAAAUCUUAAAUAUAUUCCUGUAGAUAUUGAAUAUCAAAUAUCAUUAAGUCAUUAUUUUUAUAUAGAAUCUUAAAUGAAAUUGUUAACUUAGAUUAAAUAGAAGUGUUAAAAAGGACAUCAUGAAUCUCAUGAUUCUUACUUGAAUUAAUAUGCUCUAUAAGAAUUGAUUGCUUAUAUUUAACAACAAUUAUAGGAAUAUUAUGUUAGUUUAUGUAAAUUAUGUCAAAUUUAUGGGAAAAGAUCCCAAAUAUUUAUUUGGAACUUUUGUUAUGAGUUGAUUAGAAUGAGGAAAUAAGAAGGAGAUGUUUUAGAAUCUUAUUUAUAAACAUUAAUAAAUCAACCUGAUAUUAUACAUGAUAUUGUAGGGAAUGAAGAAAUGAUUGUAUAUUAUAAUGAUUGUCCAAAUAUGGUAAAUUUGAAAUAAAAAUCAUAAUUGAAAUUGAAUGAACUGAUUAAAUGGAUAAAUGUUUUAAUUGAAUAAUAGGAACAUGAAUAAAUUGUUUAGUAUUAGGAAUAGUAUUCUAGAUAGAGUUAAAUUUUAUUGAAGGAUGUUACAAAGACAUUAGACAGAUACAAUUUGAUUCAACUACAAAAUUAUGAAAUUUUUGAAUAAGAGAAAUUAAGAUAUGAUUAAUCUAAGACAUUAUGA